AUGGAGAGGAAUGGGAUUCCAAACAGGAUAGGGAAUGUGUUCACAGGAGUCAUCCUCCCACCGCCAAAAGUGUCCAUACGAUUUGAAGAGGUGUCAAAGCCGAUUAACGGUAAGGAUGUGAGCCAGAAAUUGGUGCUGAGCAGUGAAAGUACUGCUGACAGGCCGCUGAUCAUCAACAUCGCCGUUCAAGCCAUGAACUACACCGGACACCUAGCUGGAAACAUCCAGGGAGAGAAGUUGGAAAAGACACUGCUGCCAGGAAAAGAUCUGACAAUGCCGAUCGUGGUCCCGUUCUCAGUCUACUCUAAGCCCAUGUUGGAGUGUGACAUCAUGAAGAUCUCAGUCCUGGUUAAAGACAAAGAGAAGCCAGACCACCCAUACCUGAGAGAGGUCGACGUUGUGCUGCUUGACCCACCGAUCUCCAUCACUAUUUCUGGUAACGUCAAACUGAAGACUCCUGCAAAUGCAGAAAUCUCUUUCAUGAACCCUGUAAACGAGACGCUGAAGAACUGCACUUUGACCAUCUCUGGAACUGGCCUCUGGAAAAAAGAGUACGAAGUCAAACUCGGAGACCUUAAACCAAGCAGACGGGUACGUCUCAUGUUUUACAUCGUCCCUUACAAGUCCGGAGAGAGGACCCUGACUGCCGACUUUGACUGCUCCCUCUUCAGAGACAUCAAAGGCCUAUGCACCGUCACCGUCAGACCCUAAAUCCUCGGGUUGACUCGGAAACAAGACAACUCAUUCAUUCAACUCAUUUUUGGGGUUCAAUAUAUUUGGUCUAGUACAUUUUUGUCUUUUGGGCACACAAAUUAAUGAGGUGUUCUCGGAUAAGAGAGCAUCACACC